UGAAACCUCUCACAGUUCCGCGACUUCCGUAAAUCUUCGUGUUCAUCGGGGAGAGAGAGAGAGAGAGAGCGAUCGAGCUGAGAUUUCUUCGCAAUUGUGAUCCUGAAAAUACAAAAACUUAGUGUAUGACAAGUUUGUGUAACAACAAUUUGAUGAUUUCAGGGCAAAAAGAGGCAAAGAUUGGGCGGAGGAAUAGGGCGGCGGUGGUGGUUCUCGGCGAUUUUGGCCGCAGUCCUCGAAUGCAAUACCAUGCCCUUUCUCUUGCUCGUCAGGCAUGUUUGGAGGUGGAUAUUGUUGCCUAUGGAGGCUCUGACCCCCACUCAGCUGUAUUAGGGAACCAAUCUAUUCAUAUUCAUAAAAUGACACAGUGGCCAACAAUCCCUCGGAAUUUACCAAAGAUACUUCGUCCCUUGAUGCUUUUGCUCAAGCCGUUGAUUCAGUUUCUUAUGCUUCUUUGGUUUCUUUGUGUCAAAAUACCUGCUCCUGAUGUUUUUAUAGUGCAGAAUCCACCUUCUGUCCCAACUUUAGUGGCUGUAAAGUGGGCAAGCUGGUUGAGGCGUUCUGCAUUUAUUGUUGAUUGGCAUAAUUUUGGAUAUACUUUGCUAGCAUUGUCUCUCGGAAGAAGUAGUGUUUUUGUGGCAAUAUACCAUUGGUUUGAGAAGCAUUUUGGGAAGAUGGCAAAUGGUUCCUUAUGCGUGACAAGGGCAAUGCAACAUGAAUUGGCACAAAACUGGGGAAUUAAUGCUGCAGUUCUUUAUGACCAGCCUCCUGAGUUUUUUCGCCCCACUUCCCUUGAGGAGAAGCACAAGUUGUUUUGUAGGAUACACAGCCAUCUUAGUCAGCCUUAUGGUCUUCGAGAUUGCAUCAGCCAUGGAAUGGUAGAAAUUGGGAGCCGUGAUUUGAAUAAAACUCUAUUUACAGCUCAGGUUGACAAUGACAUUUUCUUGAAGCAUAACAGGCCAGCAGUUAUAGUUAGCAGUACAAGCUGGACUCCAGAUGAAGAUUUUGGCAUUCUUUUGGAAGCAGCAGUUAUGUAUGAUAGACGUGUUGCUGCAUUAUUAAAUGAAGAUGACUCAACUGGGGAAGAGGUUCUAUGGAAGGAAAUUUAUGAUGGGAAGCAGUUCUUGUACCCAAUGUUGUUAUUUAUCAUUACAGGUAAAGGACCUGAAAAGGAAAAAUAUGAAGAGAAAAUAAAGAAACUGAACCUCAAACGUGUAUCAUUUCGUACCAUGUGGUUAUCAGCUGAGGAUUACCCUUUACUUCUUGGAUCAGCAGACCUAGGUGUGUGCCUGCAUACCUCGUCAUCUGGCUUGGAUCUUCCAAUGAAGGUUGUUGAUAUGUUUGGCUGUGGACUGCCUGUUUGUGCUGUUUCAUACUCUUGCAUAGAGGAACUUGUAAAAGUUGAAAAAAAUGGCCUGCUUUUCUCAUCAUCUUCAGAGCUAGCUGAUGAACUCUUGAUGCUUUUCAAGGGUUUUCCAGAUGAAUGUAAUGCUUUAAAGUCCUUAAGGGAUGGUGCAUUGGAGAUGGGGUCUUCCGCCAGGUGGGCAACAGAGUGGGAAAAGAAUGCCAAGCCGUUAAUAUCCGAGGUUAUUGGGAGAUUCGCUUGAUUUCUGUUUUCAGCUGAAAUGGAUUCGGGUCUGUUUCAUAACUGAAAGUUGGUAGCAUCUGCAAUUCCAGGUUUAAUUCUUCCCAAGCUGGCACGGUUAACAUUGGGUAGGCUCUGCUUACCCUAUUUCCAUGUAUUCAAAGGGAACUACAUUAUUUGAGGAUUUUUUUUUUUUGGUUUAAAUAUAGAGAAAAUUAAAUGUUGUAUGGAACUGAUUAUUGUUGAUGAAGGGAAGCUGCCAAAAAGUACUACUGAAUUAUGAAAGGGCUAGGGAAUUUUGUAUUCAAUAUUGUUCAUUUUAACAGUUCCACAACUUCACUGCUUUGGUGUUUGUAAUUGAUUGUGAAAGUGACCGGACAUCAA